GUUAUUAAUAUUGAUUAUUUGCAAUCGAGAAGCAAAAUAAACAUAUUGCUUGAUUGCUGAGGGAGCUUGCUGAAGAAAACAACUUCUGCGUCCGCAUCGUUUCGACUGAUGUUGUUCUCACUUGUUGCAAGACUUGAUCGAAUUUUACCCGGAAAAAGCUGUUGUAACAAGGCGAUAGAAAUUUCUUAGAUGGAUGAUCUUGACCUCACACCAGAGAAGCAACGGAUAUUAGCACAGUUCCGUGAUUGCAUCAGUGAUAUUAUACAGCCACACCACGAUGAUCACUUCCUGUUAAGAUGGCUUCGAGCAAGAGAUUUCAGCAUAGAAAAAGCAGAGAUCAUGCUCAGAGAGAGUAUGGACGUACGUAGACGCCUGAAACUUGACACUUUGGUUGAAACAUACAAGGUUCCUGAGGUGUUAUCAAAAUACUAUCCUGGAAGUUACUUUGGUUUUGACAGACAGGGCUCGCCAGUCUUCAUUGAUCCCAUCGGACAAAUCGACUUUAGAGGACUGCUGUCAUCUGUAAAGAAAGAGGAAAUUGUUAGAUUCAAGGCUUACUUAGGUGAAUAUGGAAUGGCCCUAGGCAGACAACAGUCAGCAAAGCUUGGUAAACGGGUUGACCAGGUUGUGAUGGUGAUGGAUAUGGAGGGUCUGGGACUGAAGCAUCUUUGGAAACCAGGUGUGAUGCUUUUUAACACAAUUACUGCAUUUUAUGAAGAUAAUUUUCCUGAGGUGAUGAAGAAUAUUUUAGUAAUUAAAGCUCCCAAGAUAUUUCCUAUAGCAUAUGCUUUAGUCAAACCUUUUCUAAAUGAAGUCACAAGAAACAAAGUGAAAAUACUGGGAGGAGAUUGGAAAACAGAGAUUCUGGAAUAUAUUGAUGAAGACAAUUUGCCAGAGAACUAUGGAGGCAAGUGUCGAGAUCCUGAUGGAGACCCGUUGUGCAGAUCAAGGAUUUGUUACGGUGGUGAUGUACCAGUGUCAUAUUACUGUAAAGAAAAUUACAAGGUGGACAGUUUAACAGAAGAAAGUUACCAAGUGGGAUGUGUCAAGCGAGGAACUGCACUGAAACUCAGCUUUGAAGUUGAAUCAGCUGGGAGUGUGCUCAGCUGGCAGUACAGAUCUCUAGACCAUGACAUUGGAUUUGGUGUUUUCUUCACUGAAAAGGACAAGACU